AUGCACGGAGAAAGAGACGGACGAACCUUAUCGUCACCGCCUCCAUCCAUGCUUACCGAUGAGACAGCUAAGAAUGAUAUUAAUACGAAUUCAUCCUCAACGCACACUCCACCAACUGAACUAGCUUAUCUACCAAUUGGAUGUUCGGUUAGUGCGAAAUAUCGUGGAGCAUUUUGUUCAGCACAAGUCAAAGCAUUUGAAAAACAAGUUAAAUUAAAAGUCACACUAGUGGAUAGUGGUGAUACAAUCACAAUUUCCGAAGAACAGAUUGUUCAUCCAACUACAUUACGCAUUGGCAAUACGGUUACAAUUCGUUUAAAUCCAUCAAAUCGUCGUCAAUCGAAUGAUUCGAAUUCUCAUCAACAUUAUUCACGAAGUGGUUUAGCUGCAUUUAUCAAUCCUACAAAUCCCGAUGAAAAACAGGCAACUAUCAAACAAAUCAUCGACAAUAGUCUCUAUACUGUCGUUUUCAAUGAUGGAGAUGAAAAAUCGCUGAGACGUUCAUCAUUAUGUUUACAAGGUGUUCGUCUUUAUCAGAAUCAAUAUGGUCAACAGAAAAUUCUCGAAGAAAUUCCUACUACCACACCGACAGCAUCAAUCUCCCCGCCGCCACCGCCGCCAUCAUCAUCAUCGACAGUAACACCGUCAACGGACACAACGAAUGCCAAUCCAAGUGAUGUUUCGACGGUCGUGGCUAUUAAACGACAAGGAAAUAACGAUCAAAACGUUUUCCCAGCAAUAGUACUCAAACGAAAAGCGUUGGCUGAUUACAUGUGGGUACGAAGUUUCGUUGAUGGAAGAGAAUAUAUUGUUCACACACGUGAUGAUGUACAACCUUAUCAUAAUAAUCAAGACAUUCAAGCACUAUGUCGUGCGUCGUCGAAGCAAGCGACACAAGCUUGUGAGAAAUUCAUAAAAUACAAUCAAAUUCCAGCUGUUUGGCAAAAGAAGAAACGACAACAGCAGAAAUCGGAUAAUAAAAAUACUCAGAGCGAUGAAGAAAAUAGUAGUGAAAGUGAAUCCAGUUCAAGUGAAUCUGAUGAUGAUGACGACGACGAGAUCGAUGAAGAAACUGCCGAAGAAAAAGAUUCGUUCGUGGCUCAACUAUUUGCAUUCAUGGACGAUAGAGGAACACCAAUAAACAAUAUUCCUAAAGUUCAAAACUACGAUCUUGACCUUCAUCGUCUAUUCAAGCUUGUUCGACUGUACGGUGGUUUCAAUAAGGUGACUAAAAAUGACCAAUGGGAAACCAUUCAUAUCAAAAUGGGUUUGCCCGAUGAAGUUUCAACGGAAAAUGGUCGAUCAAUCGAGCAAGCCUAUCGAAAAUACUUGUUUGCGUACGAAGAUCUCUCGAAGAAAUUGGGUUCAAUGAACGCACCGAGUGCUUAUUUCGGUGGCCGAACCAGUAUGGGUAGUGAUUCGAGGCGAAGUUUAAUACGUGCACGACAACAGCAGCAACAUGAAGAAGAAAAGAAUCAAAAGAAGACAGCCAAAUCGAAACAAUCUCCUGCAUCGGUGAAACAAAGAUCUCGCAAAAGCAAUGAAUCUCAAGCAUCUGUUGAUUCAAAAGCAACUUCUACAGCAAAGAAAUCUAUACCUAAAUCACCGAUAACGCCCAAUCGCAAAGGUCCAAAUAAAAGUAAACCAUCGAAUGUUAUCUCAUCCAGCUCAUCAGAGUCGGAAAGUGAAUCGGAAACUGAAACAUCCGACGAUGAAUCGAGUCGUUCAUCAUCAUCACAUUGUACGAAAUCAAAAGCUAAGCCAGCACCUUCACAAACACCAUCGAAAAAGUCUACCGUUUCAUCAUCGGCUAUUCCGAAAAAGACCAAUCCACCGUCAACUUCCUCGACUUCGACAUCAACGAAAACCGAUGCGAAGAAAGCUUCAGGCAGUACCAAACCCGUUUCAUCGUCUUCAUCAGCAUCCAAUGUCGAUAGCAAACAAUCGAAAUUAACAAUAACAAUACCUAUUGCUAAACCGAAAGCACAAUCAAGCAGUUCGUCAUCAGGUCAGCCUGUUAAAAAAGUCACUGUCACAUCGUCGAACAAAGAUGACAAGAAAAAAGUUCCCGAUAUCAAAUCCGUUCCAAUUAAAAGCGAACCGAAAUCAAUUUCGUCAUCGUUAACUAAGAAACCAGUGAUUUCGCCAGCGAAAUCAUCUCAAAUUACGAAAACAUCUCAGCAGCAGAAAAAUUCAUCGAAUGAACUGAGUAAAUCAAGUACGACGGUGCCAAGCAAUAAAACACCUUCAUCUCUAUUACCAUUCAAACCCAAAACAACUCAUUCACAAACAUCAACGAAUAAUAAUAAUAAUAAUAAUAAUAACAGCAAAGAUCGAACAGGACUUUCAAAACCAUCGUCGUCGUCAUCAUCAUCUUCGUCAACAACAGCAAAAGAUCUUUCUCGUCACGUUAAAUCAACAAAGUUCAGUGCUUCUUCGACGAAAACUACUUCACAAGAACGAUCGGCUUCCACACCUGUCAAAAAGACGAAACCAACUGGCCAAGAGGAUAGUAUCACGAAACCCAUAUCAGCUGCACCAACAAUGAAAAUUCCAAAAAUCUCUUCAAAUACGGAUCCAACAAAGAAACCAACAACUCCCAUCGAUAAAAUACCUAAAAAACAGGUACUAAAAGAAGGUACCAGUAAAAUACCUAAAAUUCAAGACAGCUCGUCAACCAAUAAAUCACAUACCGCCGGUACACAAACAAAACCUUCCUUGCCGUCUCCAACUCGUCCAGCAGUUUCUGAAUCUACGAAAAAGACUACUAUACGUGAUGUGUCCCCAGUAUCUAUCCCUCCUGUAUCACCAUCACCACCGCCACCACCAGCAACAGCUGUUCCGUCCAACACAGAUGCAGCAACGGCUGACCCAACACCAGCUAGUAGCAUACAAAACACUAGUACUCCAACUGAUCCAACUCCAGAAGUGAAAUUACCCGAAGCUCCGUUAGCACUGCCAGUCUCAUCCACAACUAUGAAAGAAUCGAAUGAGAAUGAUACUCCUGCAACAACUUCAAACAAACGUUCGCAUUCGGACGAAAAUUCUGAACCUGUCUUUACAUCAUCGUCAGUUUCGGAAGCCGAAGAACAACUAUCUCCGUCGAAACGAGCUCGCCGAUCGAUAUCAUCGCAAGAAAGCACCGAGACUUUCAGCAGUAAUAAUGAUCAACCAACGACAACAGACACAAUCUCAGCCAAUCGCAAUACUCAACUAACGUACGAUGACAUAUUUAUAAACGAUAUCCUGUUAGUAACAUGGGGCAAUCAUGGAACAAAACAAUAUCCAGCCCGAUGUAUCGAGAAAAAUGAUGAUAAAAAGGAGCUAUUUGUACACUACACCGGAUGGAAUUCUCGUCAUGACGAAUGGGUUAAAUUAGACCGUGUUAUCGAACGUAAAGAUACAACAAAUACGAAUACACUAUUCCAACAACGGCCACGUCGCACUAGUCAAAUUAAUACAUUACGACAACAACACCUUGAUUCAACAACUUCAUCAAACUCGAAUGAACAGAAUAAUCCACAGCAAGUCACUAGUUCAACGUCGGCCGAUCUUACUUCAUCGUCAACACUGAUUGACGAUGAUCUACUACACAAAAAUUCAAAACCCAUAUCUGUUGAAAAGGCCAAAACCGAAGAAUCGGACACUGACGAUAAUAGUCAAAGUCAACAUGAAAAUUGGCCUAAUGUUGAAACAAUAUCCUCGACGGAUGAUGAUGCAUUGUCGUCUGCAUCUACCGUUCGUACAAGUCAAUCUGAUACCAAUCGAUUACCAACGGAUGAACCAACAAACAUCCGACGAAGUAUAUCCGUGACUAAGAACGAAAAUAUCCUUUCUACUCCUGGUGAAUUUGAAGCAACUGAUGACAAUGAUAUUGGAUCUAGUUCAGUACGAGACGAUGAUCAUGUUCAUGCUACCAUUCCCAAACGAAGGCAAUCAAGAGCAGCAUCAUCAAACAAUAAAGUGGAUUCUACAUCAACUGUAAAGACAGAACAAGUCGAAGAACCGUUUCUUGCAAUAUCAGAUAUACAUGAACAUCCUCAUCAAUACCCGUUUUAUGUAAAAGAAGAAACAAUCGAUAGUUCUUCAAUUUCUCAGCAAACCAUCCGAACGCCAUUCAUAGCACCAACAACAUCUCUUCUAGCCGAUACUAUCUCACCUCUAUCGAACAUACUGUCUUCACCACCGUUAACAGCAACUGGUAAUCGCCGUGCAUCAGUACGACAACAGAAACGACGUACACUACGUGAACCGAAUAGUACGAAGGAUACAUCGGCAUCCGCAAAGAAGAGAACGAAAUUGGAUCAUGGUGCUGCUCUCAGCAUUGAUCUUGGUGGGGACAAUAACUCCAAUGGUGAUCAAACUCCAACAAGGUCAAAUUCAACUGAACAACAAGCAUCAGAUAAUGCCACAAAUAAACGUCAUCGAACAGCAGGACGACGUGGUGGAAAACGAUCGGCGAAUCAACCAGAAUAUGAAAACGAAGAUUAUCGAUCCAGUUCACCAUCGAAUAUGACUAUGCGUCAACAAUUGAAGGACAUGUUCAAACAUCGACCGAGUCGUUACAAUUUUCUUGAUCUGAAUAACAAUUUAACUGGUGAUGAACGUAUAACACAUCUUAAAGAUCGUAUGCGUGACUGUCAAAAAGUCUUUUUUAAUCUCAAGAGUGCGCUAGUUAAAAUUGAAAAACAACGCAAAGCAUUUCUUCGAAAACAAAAACCAAUUCUAUCAGCAGCAUCGGGAACAAUCAUACAAUCAACACCAACUGAGAUUUUGGGAACAUCAACAUGUACAUAA